AUGCGUUUCCUCGCUGUCGUCGCCCUCCUCGCCUCGUUGACGGCCGCCCGUCCCGCGGAGAAUGGGAUGUUCAAUAUCGAGCUCUCGUGCAUUGGGCUGAACGACAGAGCGUGCGUUGCUAACGCGACGAGCGGCAUGGGAUGCUGCGUUCCCUUGUAUUGCGGGGCUGAUCAUCGGUGCCACCGUCCUUGA